CUUUAUUAAUGCAGUAAAGAAUGUCACUGUAGAUGCUAUUUUACUGCGAGAAUAAGCUGCAAACCUGUUUGGUUGAAAAUGGUGGAAAUGACAGAGGAAAUUUAAGUCAUAGCAAUGACAAAGGACAGCCGUGCGCCACCGAAAGACCCCAAAGGGCCAAGAUGGCUGCGCCCGGGACAGACACCGGGGAGUUUGAAAGAUGGCUAAAUGAUCGGUUGGAAUCGCUAGAAGUGGACUGUGAGGUGUAUGGGGCGUAUAUUUUAGGGGUCCUGCAGGAAGAGGAGAGUGACGAGGAGAAAGAGGAUGCGCUUCAAGGGAUUUUAUCUGCAUUUCUGGGUGAGGACUCGGUGGAGGAUGUCUGCAAACAGAUCAUCGAGCAGUGGACAGAGUGUUGUAGCCGAUCGGCAGCCAGAAAAGAUGCCGAUGAUGCCGAGGUCCAGGCCAUCGCCAGCAUGAUAGAAAAACAGGCUCAGAUUGUGGUGAAACAGAAGGAGGUGUCCGAGGAGUCGAAGAGAAGGAAAGAAGCCCUCCUUGCUCAAUACGCUAACGUAACAGAUGACGAGGAUGAAGCCGAAGAAGAGGAACCAACAUGUGGAAAUAACCUCCUGGGAAACGAUAAAUCCCUGUUUAGGAACACCAACGUGGAGGAGGUGCUGAACAGACAAAAGCAAAAGCGGGAUCAGGCUCGGGACGACGCUCAGAAGAAGAAGGAAAUGGACAAAGUGCAGCGAGAGAAGGACAAACUAGCCAAACAAGAUAGAAAAGAGAAGGAGAAGAAACGUACACAGAAAGGCGAACGCAAAAGAUAAAACCAAUAGAAAGGACACUUACUAUAUGAAAAGGCUAUGUUAAGAGACAAAAAUGAAACAACAGUCAUUGCCUCUUUAUAGCUAAACCUCAUUGGCACCUGCAGUACGUGAAAAUAACUUCAACAGACCCUCCUUGUUAAAUUACUUUCUGCAGCUCUUACUGUGUAAAGAACAAUAUACUGGAUGUUGUGCAGGUCCAAAAUCCUGACUUUUUUUUUUUUUUUUUUUUCUGGGCUACUGAUAUGGGCGGAUUCAGAAGGAUGUGGUGUAAGAAUAGAGCUGCAAAUCUUUAUAUGAUGAUAACUGCGAUAGAGUCAGUCUCAUGUCGAAGGAAAAAAAAAAAGCUAUUAUUAUUUAAGUCUCUGCCAAUACGAUUUCUUUCCAGCGAGUGUGAAACGUGCUUCAGCUAAAGCUUUGACAAUUACGCCUGAAAUGAUCAAAGUACUCUCCUAAAACAUAAAAGGGGUUGGUUAUGGUAAAAAUGGAGGAAUGCUUUCAAAGCGACUCGGUCCACAGAGCUUCUGCUAUUAUCCUCUGUGCCAAUAUCUUGCAGAUGCCUUUCAUUUCUGAACCACUUUCUCGGUAAAGGCAAGUUUUCAUGUCAAACAUUUUUACUUUAAUUUCAAUGCUUUAGGUUUUAGUUUUACUGUCUAUGCAUUUUGUCUGAGAAUGAGAACAAAGGACCGGUUGCUAAAUUAUAUCUCAAAUAUUUCCUGUACCAUGAUUUGAAUGUUUAUAAUGAGGUUCAUCUUUUUAAAAUAAUAAAAAAAACAUUUUCAGGAAUUU